UAGUACACUGUUUAUGAUAUGUAAAAAGGUUUUUAAGCCAUUUUGUAUUUUUGUUUAUUUCCAUCAUCCUUUUCGCCUCUCCACCGUGUUUAUAUAGUAUAACAUUCCUUAGAAGUUAAAGAAGUGAAUUGUGAUUUGUGAUUCCGACACGCCGCACGUUAUAUUACAGAAUUUAAUAUAUAAAUUUAUAUAAAUUAUAUAAAAUAUUGUAAUAAUUUAUGAAACCAUAGAAAUUUGGAAUGCUAAAGGCUGAAAUGCAUCAUGUAGUUGCUGCCUGCUGAAGAUAGGCUGUUUUCCACAUAAAUACUUAUUGCUGUAACAACUAGAAUCCAAUCGUUUUUGAAUUUUAUUUUGCUUUGACGUCCGAUGAGCUUCAGUACAGUGACAUCUAUUGUGUUUGUUUUAAAAUUUAAUAAGUAUAUUUAUGGUUUUAUUGUGCGACAGUGUGAAUGACUGGAUUGCCUAAAGAUUUUAAAUCGAAAAAAAUCACCGUGAAAAUUGAUAACAUGAAACGCAGAAGCUAUGGUGAUUCCCCUCCUAUGUCUCGUAAAAAACGCCAUAGCAGUAUUAAUAGGUAUGAUGGUAGUUCAGAUGAGCGAGGAUCCCCUGAACGUGUGCGUCGUAGAGCUCGCUCGCCACCUAGUCCAAGACCAUCUAGGUAUUCAGAACGUGAUGAAUUUGGCCGUUCUAGGGAUUUGGAUCGCUCGCACCCCACUUAUAAAGUAUUGUGUGUGAGUGCUUUACAUCCUAAAGCAAGUGACGAACAAGUUAAAGAAACGUUGUAUAGAGAAUACCGCAAAUUUGGUGAAUUUUCUGUCAGAAUAUCACAUGAACUAGAUGAAAGAGUUGCAUAUGUGUGUUUUAGAAGCUCAGACGAUGCUAGAGAUGCCAAACAUAGUAAGCCUAGAAUAAGUUUGUUUGAUAAAAUAGCUUUAGUCGCACCUGUUUAUGAAGGUCGUAGUUCUAGAGAUCAUUAUGAACCAAGAGCUAGACGUUCUCGAUCCCGAAGUUUUUCUCCAGAUUUUGAUCGAUACUAUCAUAGAUCUCCUAUUCCUCAAGAACUUCAUAGACCACAUCCAGCUGAUAGGUUUUAUGAAAGGUUACCGUAUGGUGCUCUUCCCCCCAUGCUGCCGCCACGAGAUUUCCGAGAAAUAGGUUUGCCACCAUUACAUCCUCAUGAACUUAUGAUACCUCGAGGACCGUUACUGCACCAUGUGGCUCCUAUGCACCCUCAUUUAGGGCCGAUCCAUCCAUUGUAUGGACCACCAAGACAUUUUAUGCCACCAUUUAGACCACACCCUCAUCCUCACUUGUUGCAUGACAAAAAAGAUAAAUUUCCAAACUAUUUGCAACACAUUCCACCAGAAGACGACCCAUUAGCCACACGUACACUGUUUGCUGGAAAUUUAGAAAUUUCUAUUUCAGAUGAAGAACUUCGCCGUAUAUUUGGUAGAUACGGAGUUGUUGAGGAUAUUGAUGUUAAAAGACCAUUGCCAGGAACAGGAAAUGCAUAUGCAUUUGUUCGUUAUCAAAAUUUAGAUAUGGCUCAUAGGGCUAAAGUUGAAUUAUCUGGUCAAUAUUUAGGCAAAUUUCAAUGUAAAAUUGGCUAUGGAAAAUCUACACCAACGCAACGAAUAUGGGUUGGUGGUUUGGGUCCUUGGACAUCACUUGCUCAGCUAGAAAGAGAAUUUGAUAGAUUUGGUGUUAUUAAAAAAAUUGAAUAUGUCAAAGGUGAUAUUUGCGCCUAUAUACAGUUUGAAAGCAUUGAUGCAGCAACUGCAGCUGUCAAAGAAAUGAGAGGAGUGGCUUUAGGAGGCCCAGAACAUAAACUAAGAACAGAUUUUGCUGAUGGAGGUGUCUGUGGCAGUCCUACAUUAACCUAUUCAUCAAAGUCAAAGUCAUCUCAUGAUGAUGUUGCAGCGACUGCAGGAGAUUUACGCGAUCUAGCAAGACGAGAUGAAUAUCCAUAUGGUUGGCCAGAUGGUGAGUAUCCAUCUUAUAGUUCCAGAAGUUAUCGUAAAAGUCGUACAGAAUAUGGUGAAGAAAGUAGAGAAUUUGGAAAUUAUGAUAACGGUCGUUCAUUCAAGCAGCAUUCUGUUUCUGAUAUUGGUUCUCCUCGAUCACCACUUCACCAAUCGAUUGACAGUGAUGUAGAAUCCGAAGAAGGAGCAAUACAAUCUACAGGUCCAUUAAGUUCUGUUCGUACUCUUGGAGAUUUGGCUCUUGUAUGUUCUGAUAUAUGGCAAGGCAGUCUUGUAUUAAAAAGCUCUCAGUUCCCAGCUAAAUGCUAUUUAACUUCUGGUAAUCCAAAUGUCAUAGAAUCAAUGAUGAAAGAUGAAGAUGGUAAAUCAACUUUACGCAUAACCCAAAGGUUGCGUUUAGAUGAGCCAAAGUUGGAAGAUGUUUCUAAACGUAUAGUAACUGCUGAUAUGCAUGCUGUAUUUUUGGCAAUGCCUUGUUCUACUAAUUCAAUUGCAAACGAUGAUGCAUUGGUACAAAUUAGACCGUUACGUAAUUUAGUAUCCUAUUUAAAACAAAAAGAGGCUGCUGGGGUUAUAUCAUUAAUAAGUAAAGAUCCUGAACCAGCCGGUGUAUUAUAUGCAUUUCCUCCUUGUGAGUAUUCAGCCAAAUUAUUGAAACAGAGUGCAAAGAAUUUGAGCAGUGAAACAUUAAAAGACGAUCAUUUAGUUGUAGUAGUAGUUAGUGGGGGUGUUUCAUAAUAAGACAUUCAUUUUUUAACUAAAUUUUUAAGUAUAUUUACUUAAUAAUAUAUAUACGGGACGUAUCCAUUUUUUUUUUUUUUUAUAUCAACAAAAUUUAAUAAUUAGAUAGUAUUAAUUAUUAUAAGUUCUAAUAAUUCUAGAAUACAUUAUAGGUUAAAUAUUUUUUACUGACUAUAAGUUGAUGCUACAAUGUUUAUGUUCUUAAUUUGAAAGCAUAUGUCCACAACAAGACAAGUUAUUGUGGCUUAUGGAAACUGUGUAAACAUUUUUAAUAUGUGCUUACAAUUUAAUGAAAUAUUUCGGUUUAAUUAAUUCAAGUUUACACGCACAGUUUAUUUAUAUAAAACAUGUGGAGUGCGUAACAUAAUUUAUACAGAUUGUGCUGCUAUGCCUAGUUCGUAGAAUACUAUUAUAAGUUUAUUAAUGUGUAUUAAAGUGAUUCAAUAUUUUUGAUAACCAUUUAAAAUAUUAAAAAAUGCAUUAUUUUAUUAUUGAUAAGUGUUAAUAUUUAUACCAGUUUAAUUAAACCGUUUCUCUUAUAUUUUUGAAAACAUGGUGUAAAUUAUCAAGCAAUCCAAUCUUGGAUUGUUCAGUAAUAUUUUUUGAAGUGUUGUAACUAUUUUAGACAGAUGAAUACUUUUAUAAUUAAUUAACUAAUCUUGUGCGUUAUUGUAGCUUUAUGAUGAAGUUUCAUUCGCGAUUCAACUGUUAUUCUUUUUUUAAAAUUAUCUUAAUUCAUGUAUGACACAGUAAUGUUAUUUUUGAAAAUUUAAAUUAAUUACAUAAUUAAAUAUUGAA